CAACAAAAUUAAAUGCCCAGUGUGUGUCGGAGUUCAUUAUCGUCACGUGCGAUUUUCGCGCUCUUUAAAUUUGUUGGCGCGGCUGAAAAGUAUAAUAGAAGUGCCUCAAGUUUCGCACUUUUUGCUCUUGUUUUGAAGGGAAAAGAAGACAUCUUUACCAUGCCUGGAGUCGAAGAUUGGUUGAAUCGUCCGCUGGACAUCGUUCAGGGUUUAUUUGAUAUCAACAACAAAAAGUGUUCGGAAAAGGUGACGGAAUACUUCAGUAAGAAACUUGAAGACAAAGACAGCUUGGAAUGGGUACCAUCACUCAAUCACACAUCCUUGCAUCUUCUCAAGCCAAACACCGUCGUCAGGUUUCGCUGUAUGAUUCAGGAUAUGUACGAUCCCGAGUUUUAUCUUGGCGCAUAUGAGGUUGUGGACAAGAGCUCGGGACAAGUUACCAUGAAGUCGGGGAUGUUUCAAGACCUCGCUGAAUGUUCCCAAAACCAACGACUGAACUUGGAAUCCUCAAAGAACGUCACUCUGGAUAGACAGACAUUCUACUGUGUCCCUGUUCCAGCUGAGACGGAAUGGGUCAAACAAGCCUUCACCGAACACAGUUGCUGCCAAACCUCUGACCCGUCGACCUCGCAGAGUUCAAGGGUCAAAAGGGCACUCGAGGUCGAUGACCUCACCCCAUCAACAUCACAGUUACCAGUCCCAAGCCAGACUGGUGACCACGGUGCGGAUGUAUCCAUGGAGACCACAGACGGCAACCAAUCUGAGAAGAGAAGCAGAAUGUCAGAGGUCACAAGUCAAAGGUCGACGACAUCCGUUGACCUCAACUUUCCUCUAUCUGGGGAAAAGGGACCGGCCUGUAUGGUCAAGGUGUAUGACAACUUUGAGUCUUUCCGCCUGAAUGAUGUUAUCGAGUUUAUCGGCGUACUGUCAGUUGACCCAGAACUGGCCAAUGUACCUGCGUGUAAUCACAAUGGAGGAACGUCGUCUGCAAUCGACGGAGCCGACUUGAUGGAAGGAAUCGAAGAGCAAGCAGCACACUCGCCGCCCCCUUCACUGGUUCCCCGUCUCCAUGCCAUUGUAUCACACAAACUGCAGCACAUAAACCCUCUGUUACCAGUUAGUCUGGAGUCAGACGAAGGCAAAACGUUUGUGCAAGGCAUGAUGGGAGAUCUGGGUUCUGUUAGGGAUCAGCUCAGAUGUCUCCUUCAGCAGCUUUUGUUGGGGGACGCUCUCGCAGCUGACUACCUCCUCCUAAAUCUUGUCUCCUCAGUUUAUGCCAGAAGAGACGUCAUCGCUCUCGGCAAGUUCACCUUGAAUCUGAUUGGUUGCCAGGAAUCUGGAUUCAGCCAAACACUACAGGGUUUACUCAGCCAACUGGUUACCAAGUCCCACUUACUUCCACUGUCACUUGAAAACAUGAACAGCCUGCGACUGACGCCUAAGAAGGACUACACAGCCAACAGGCUCAGGAGCGGUGUGCUCCAGCUGAGUGAUCGCACUCAUGUACUGCUUGAUGAGACAGCACUACAACCUGGCCAACUAGAUGCAAAUGGUGUUCGUAAUCUGGCUGCCAUCGGAAAUGCCAUUUCUUGGCAGAAGGUGGACUACGAUUUUGAAUUUCACAAGACAGAAUUUAAGACCAACCUCGUCUUCCUGGUCGUGUCAGAGGGCAAGUCGAUGCUACCAAGUGAUAGUCAGAUACCAAUCCAGCCUAAGGUGUUACCAAUGAGCGACGCAGGCAUCCAGACUGGUAUCCAGCGCAUGAUCAGCUCCGGCAGUGUCAAUCUCAACCGCAUCAGAACCUAUCUGGGAGUUAUCCCAUUCAUUCAGUACAAUCUCUCCGAAGAAAUGUCCAAGAUUGUUGAGCAGGACUUUGUGGAUGCACGGAAGGCAGACCCUAGCCAGAUGACUCAAGAAGAUUUCCAUUCACUCCUGGUAGUAGCAAGAUUGUUGAGUGUUUCCAUAGGCCAGACCUCACUGACUAGAGAAGUCUGGGAGAGGACGAAACGAAUGGAGCAAGAACGCAAACUACGACUCAAGAAUACAGCCUCAACGCGAUGAGUUCAUCAUCAGUCAGAAAGCCCCGAGGAAGAUGUAGAUUUAAUAGCGGGUUUUCCCCUUCAGCGAUUUAAUUUCAUAAACACUCUAUUCUUAGUUUUGCCUGAGGGCUUGGGAGAAAAACUUGCAAGCUUACUAACCCACAACAUGCUUAUUAAGCUUUGUGGUCGAGUGCUAAGACAUUUGCACUAGCAUGCAGGAGGUCUUUGGUUCGAGUCCCAUCGAGUCAUUUUGUGGAAAUGUUCUUGUGUGCCUUUUUUUUUUCAAGUGAACCAUAAUCUGUCGGACCUUUUUCGACCCUUCUCUUAAUUUUUUGUUCUAUCAAAUAUCUUUAAAGCCUAUUUGAAUCUUGUUUUAUUAGUUGACGUUCAUUCACUGAGACACAACAUUAUGUUUUUUAAAUGCCAUUUUCUCAAAAUUAAGUUUUACAACAUCAACUUGCUGGUUUAUUUCCGUUACUGAGCUGAGAACCCCUGAAUGUUACAUACCAUUGGAAAGGUCUUGUUCUGCAGAAGUCAGAAAUAUAAAUGUCUCAAUUCUUGAACAAAAAAUGGGACUUUAAGCUUAUUUUGGGAUGACAGGUCACAUAUCAUUUCUGUACAGUUCACUUGCACUGAAAUAAAAAGUGCACGAACCCAAAUCCUUGAAAA